CUAAGAAAAGCUUAUGGCCGCCCGGUCCGUUCGCAAUACCAAUGACUAAGUUCGGAUGUCCCGAGUCGCAGUCACAAGGGUGGUCAACAGGUGGUAUUUUGCUGAAGUCGGGUUAUGGAUACAUAGCAUUGGCUGAACACUUCUCAGGAGAAACACUGAUCAGUGAAUUUGAUAGAAAUGUAUGGUACCUACAAGACGAUCCCUACAAUCUUUAUUGGAAGCUUAAGUUUUGUGUCAAACUUAAACGAAAUCAGGAUCUGGAUACCGGAACGUGGAUCCCUGGAAAUUAUAACAUUUAUAUGAGUGGAAAUGUCUGUCCAGAAGGAUUCACAAAGUUCAGCCGAACACGAUUCUUUUCAAAACAUACUGUAUAUGGAAAUGUCCCAAAUUUCACACUUGGCAAGAACUAUGGUAUCGACUAUAUGAACUUAACCAUGUGUGAACGGGUCUUAACCAGUAGAGAAAAUGAAACUUUACCACAAAUUUUUAGCAUGUUAGAAACAGUUUUCAUGCUUGAAAAGGCAAAUACGACAGACAAUGGAAUGGAUUUUGAUGAUAUCUUUGAACAAACAACAAAUUCUGAAGAAAGAGCUAACCGAAUGAGCGAUGAAUCUGAAAUUAACUAUGCAGAGCUGACGUCAGAUUUCAACAUAUCGAAAGGUUCAUUCCCACCUACAGUCAUGUGGAUUACUGUUGACAACAAUACAUACCUGAUGAAUAAGGGGUCAUUUUUGAGUAAAGAACAUAGAAGAUUAGUCUGGUAUCAAUUUGACUUGAUGCGUUCAUUAACUGUAUCCAAAAUUGAAAUUUUGUUUGACUACUACAAGAACAAAACUUCUACGAAGGAUAUAAUCGACAAUAUUCCGUUUAUAAUCUGCUAUUAUGAUGAUGUCAAGUGGAGCUUUCUGGACCUAGAGGCAACAGUGUGUAAUACUGAAACAAAGUACACCUCAUCAACGUUUUAUCUUUUCAUGAGGGGCGUUUAUGGACGUUUCGUUACGUUAGUGUUUGACAAACUGAACGGAUUUCAAAUGACAAAGUUGGAAAAAGCUGCAAGAAUUUUUACAAUGGACACAGAAUCACUAGGAGGUGACUCCUGUAAUGAAGAUCUUGGUAUGAUCGAUGGGAGUAUUAGAGAUUUCCAAAUAUCUGCUUCAUCGUGGCGCCCAAAACAUUUACCAUCCAACGCGAGACCAUUCAGUUCAGGCUGGUGUGCUGGAGUAUCUGACGAAAGACCUUGGAUUUUGGUGGAUUUAAUUGCAAUUACUACGGUAGAAGGAGUGAGAUUUUAUAAUUCAGUGUGGCCCUUUACAAUGUAUUAUGGUACAGAAGUAGAUAAUUUACAAAUGUACAACAAAACGGCUUUCAGACCGGGUAGUAAAAUGUUUACCUUUAUGCUGCCAACACCAUUAAAAGCUAGGUAUAUAAAACUUGAGGUUCAAAAACGUUUGGCAGUUGACAAAACUUGUCUUAGAUUUGAAUUACGAGGUUGUAAAUUUUCAGGUAUACCCUCUCUAAAUUGUCAUAAUGCAUCUGAAAUGUUCGGAUUGACAUCAGGAAUAGCAACCCGGCAAGAGACUGUCUCUUACAAUAUUAGCAGCAAGGAGGACUGUAACAGUAAUUGCCUUCUAAGUGAUAACUGUAGUGUCACUACAUACCGGAACGAAGGAGACUGUGUACAAUACAGACCUAGUCCGCUUGAAAACUGGCUAGAUGAUAGCGGUAGUAGCGGUAGCUGGUCGGCCAAGCUUUGUGCGACAGCUCCUGCUGAGUUGUUUCCAAGCUUCCGCGACCAAAGUGGCACCGUUUUGACUAAUGUAGAAGUGAUCAAAAAGGAUGCAUUAAUAACAACUGUUGGAUAUCCAUUUUCAUUUGAAAGUGGACAGCGUUAUAAAUGGAUAGUGAAAUACGCUGAAACAUAUUACAUCAAAAUGAUUUUCACCAACGUAUCCUUGAGUUUUGAGACGCCAGACACUCACUCAUCGUGCGACAAGCUAUUCAUAAGCAAGGAUAUCAGGGCCGAUACUGCUGGGAAAGUCAUUGACAAUAAUUUCAACAAUAGAAAAUUUGUCGUUGAAACCGGCGAAUCUUUGUUAUUUCUAACUUUUGUCUCAUGUUUGUCUGAAAAGGUUAUAAUAUCUACAGGAUUUCGUGCAAUAAUAACUAAGGGAGAAAUUCCUGCCAGCCUUUCGAUUGAUUCGGUAAUGCCAUGGAGUGAGGGGAGAAAUGAAAUUUGCAACAGAGCGGAAAUGAUGUUGACCUCCAUGUCAGUCUUGAACUUUCCAUUUAGAAAUGAGGAACGGUGGAAUAUCCAAGCAGGAGAGCAUCAUAAUCUACAAAUAGAAGUCCUGUAUUUCUACAUUUUAUGUGCAAAUGAUCCUGGUGAAUUACGCUCGACCUUCACCAUAGUUGACUUUCCUGACAAGAAGAUGUUUUGUAACACCAAUAUGCCACCUCGGAAAUUUUACUCGAAAACUUCAGAUGUAACUAUAAUCUUUCAAAAGCAUGAGGACACUAAAGUGGCAAUGAUACGGAGAGAAGGGUUUCGUCUUCGGUAUAAGAAAAUAAACCAUUCAUUCGGAGAUAUCACAGACCUUGCAGAGUCAACGUCGAUUUUAAGAGCGUGUUCCAAAGUAUUUGAUAAAUGUUACUCAGUCUAUUCAUCGCUUGUAUCCUGGAAGCAAGCAGAAUCUUUAUGUUGGAGUGAAGACCAACGGCUAGUGUCUACCCAGUCUACAAACGAACUACAAUACGUUCAUUAUCUGUUAAGAGAACAACAGUACAAGGAAAAGCAGCAUGAUGUAAAGAACAGAAAAUCAUAUAAUACAAGUAUUAUUGCACAUAUUGGUAUUUUUCAUGUAAGAGAUAGUACUGGAUCGGGACGAAAGAGGUUCAUUUGGUCGAACACCGCCCCCGUAACAUUUUCGGCUUGGAUCCCUGGACACCCAACAACUGAUGCCUGCACAAGGACAACCUUUCAGUACUAUAAUACAAACAAAACAUGGGAAUCAGAGGAUUGCUUCAAAGAUUUUGCACGGUAUUUCGUCUGUGAAACGCAGUUAGACAGUGGAAAAGGCUUUAAAAAACAGGUAGUGUAA